AUGAUAUUGAGUCCAGAUGAACUAGACCUUCCGGAACAGACGAUAGUACAUGACUUGGAGAGGGUUGGAGAGUUUCUGUUCAAGACAAACGCAUUCCAAGUUAUCGAAAGGGAGUUCUUUGAUUUCGUUUUCCCCUCAUUUCGCUCCAUCAUGAUGCGUUGGAUUCCUAAAGAGCGUCAAUCUGGAUCCUUCACGCACAAGCAGCUACGAGAGCUUGAGGUCAUAGUCAGCGAGCUGCAACAUAUUGCCACUGAUCAGAUUUCGCUCAGUCUGCAUGAUACAGCAUCAGUGAUCAAUAAUAUCAAAGGCAAUUCACGGGAGAGACAUGGGACUGGUGGCCACUCAAGCCACACGUACGCCCCCUGUCGAAGGGCGAGGCUCGUUUACACUGGAAAUGCCCGCAAUGCCGGCCAGGCUCUGAAUCGCUCACAAACUGGAUUGAAGCCUCAAACUGGGUCUGGAAAGAGAGACAAGCCUGAACUUCAUGUCUUCCUUGUCAUGAUACACUCCUCGCUAUUUGGAAGCUCUUAUCAUCUGGCUCAAACAUCGGUAAAAUCUAUGAGAGACCCUGGCUUCUUUUCUUGGGUUCGAGCCAUGUAUUUUUGCCAUCGAGGGUUCUUUCCAACCUGGUUCGGUAUCUACAAGUAUUCCCAUUGCGGAUUCUUCAAGUUUGAAAGGUUUUCUCAAGCUGCAUACGCUCCGUUGACUCCAGAGUACCCUAGCCCACAGCAGUCAUCGUAUCAUUACUUCCCGAAGCCUAUUCAACCCGACCCUCCUAUAUGUCCAGAAGAGUUCAAUCAUUGGUUUGCAGCACACGCUUGGCACCUCACUUUUUAUCGAAGAGUUGCCAAAAGAUUCUCGAAGGCAGGGUCAUGUGAUGAGGCAUUCGACAACGACGUUGUUGUCAAUCAAAGGCUUCCAAAGCGUGAUAGCAUUCUGGAGGAACGAGAUGCCUCGCGGGAGAUUUUCUGGGGCUUAAAUGUUGUUGAGAUGCGCUCAACGCAGAUGUUGGUAUUGUAUAGCUUUGUCUCCUUGAUUCCGUCGCUCUACUUUUUUUUCGCGUGGUUAUUUCAAUGGGGCCACCACGGGGAUCUUCAGAAUGCCUCUGUUCCGCUCUCCAUCUCAGCCGGAAUAUUUGGCACAUUCUGGGGUUGUAUUAUCUCGAGCUCACCGAGCUUUGCGGUCCGUCGCAGCCUCCGCUGA